AAAGUCCUCUCUACCAAGUAGACUUGGUAGUCUUGGCCCAAGUAGACUCACAGCUGCCCUGUUCUGUGCAAAGCACUUAGAAGAUGCGAUCCCUGCCCUUAAAAUAUACACAUUUCUCCAACUUUGUAUCCAUCUUUGGGAAAAUACGUUGCAAGGGUAAUUCCUGUUUAUCCCAAACCUCAUGUUCUUUAUUUUACUAAAGUACUCAAAACGGAGCUCCUGAGUCUGAGGGAGGUUCCCAAGUACAUGGAAUCCUGGGAAGAAUUAUAGGGCUCAGAGGUCUGAAGUCUAGCGUUCUAAUCCUAGCUCUGCCACCUCAGCUGUGUAACCUCCAGUGAAUGACUUUCCCCUCUGGGCCUCAGUUCUCUUUGUAAAAUGGAUGGGCCUGACUUUGUAUGAAAAUAAAAGCAGUUGGGUAUAUCUGACUAUUUACCCCAUUGUGUGUAAUUGGACAGUAUCUUCCCUCCUAAAUGCUUAGGUGCAGGAUAGAUGCAUCAGUAAGCUGAGGGGCAGUAAGACAGCAUGUGCCUUUUUCAGUCUGUAAAAAGGAAGGCCCAGGAUGUGCUGCCCCUCUAGUGAGUGGUUGGAGUGGUGGUCGACCAAAGGGGGCUUACCACAAUAAGGGCCCACCCAAACAUGUCUAUGUGUCUUAGCCCCUAGGUUUACAAAAGGCUCCAAAGCCCCAGAGUCUUCAUGGCACUACCAAGGACGAACCCUUGUUCACCAUUCAAAAACAAUACACCCCUCAUACCACCCUUCCCCCUUCGGAGAGACAACCCAGGGAGAAGUAGUCAGCAGAGGUGGAAGAUGGUGAGAUCUGGAAAAGCACUGGUGAAGCCAGGCUUCCUGCAGGGCCCCAUCUCAGGCUUCCCCAGAAAGUGGAAGCAGGGGAGCUUUCUGGCCCCCUGCAGCAGUUACUUCUGGAGGACAGUGGGUUUGGUGGACACAGGCAUCCAUGCCCAAAGGCUUCCUGGCUUCAGUCCAAGCGGCUGGCAGGUGCAUCCUUCUCCCUAGAGCCCCACGAACACCACUUCCGGCCCUCCUGUCUCUGCUUGGGCUCUAGCUGCCUGGAUUUCUAUGCCCAUGCCAGGCCUUCCCUGUGCAGAGCUUUCUCGCUCUCCCUUACAACCCUUAUUCACUCGCACUCUCCCUAUCUAUUUCUUUCUCCCUCCUCCUCCUCCCCUGCUUCUCUCCUCCUUGCCAACCCUCAGCAGUCCCAGAAUGGGUCCCCCCUCCCUCCCCCACAGCAUCUCCCCCUCCUUAGCUCUCACCCCUGCACCUUUCUUUGUAUUCCUCUCGCCCUCUCCCAGCCUCGCCUGUAUCUCUCCUCCCCCGCCUGCCUUCAGCCUCCCCCAGCCUCCCCAUCUUCAGCUCAGUCUCCUCCCUCUCGCUGUGCUCCCCUCCCCCUCUCCCCCAACCCUCGGUCUCACCCCACUCCCCGCCGGCAUCCCUGGGUUUCUUUCCACCCUAGGGGGGGUCUCUGUGCCCCUCAUUCUCCUCUCUACCUGCCUCUACUUUCACCUCAGAUUUAGCCGGCACCCAUCCUUUCCUGCCUGGGUCCCCCCCACACACUGCUAACAUCGCCACUGUGUCUUCUUCCUCUCCUUCUCUCCCCACCCUCUCCUCUUCUCUCUUCUCCCUGCCCCUUUAAAUCUGCCUGGCCCAGCCUCCCCCGUGAUGCUGGGAUGGAGCAAACAUUGAUUUGUGCUGGGAUGGAAUCGGAAUUUUGAUUUUUUUUUUUCCUUUCCCAACCAUAAGAAGGGAAAAAAAUAAUAAAAAACACCUCCUUUUGAUAGCCCCCUCUCCUUUCCCAUCCAGUUCCCAGCUCCUCUCCCCUAUCUCCAUCCAAGGCAAAAUUUUUCCCCUCCACUAUUCUCAUCCCCCCCCCACCCCUGCCACUACCUCGCCCCCCACCCCCAUCGCCUGCUCCUCCAGCUGGGGAGAGAGGGGACUCUCUCUUGCGGCUCCCCCACCUUCGCUCUCUGGGUAGGAGCAGUCUCUCCGGAAGGGGAGGGGGCUUUGACUUGCCGGGACGAGGUGGGAGUGGAGGUAUCCUGCCAUGGAUGCUGUGCCUGGGAGGCAGCCUGAGCCCCAGCCCACAUGCCACUCAGGAUGAGGGUCCGGCCCUGCCAGCCAGCGCUGGGGCCCCCCCGCCCGGCCCCGGUCUAACUGCCCCCGCCCCCAGGCCUCGCCCCGCUCGCAGGCCCCCAGCCGGCUCUCCAGCCCCAGGAUGCGCUGAGCCGCCGGGGGGCUGAGGCCGCGCCAACUACAUGCAUGUCCCCCGGGGGCAAGUUCGACUUUGACGACGGGGGCUGCUACGUGGGGGGCUGGGAGGCGGGGCGGGCACAUGGCUACGGCGUGUGCACGGGGCCCGGCGCCCAGGGCGAGUACAGCGGCUGCUGGGCGCACGGCUUCGAGUCACUGGGCGUCUUCACGGGGCCCGGCGGACACAGCUACCAGGGCCACUGGCAGCAGGGCAAGCGCGAAGGGCUGGGCGUGGAGCGCAAGAGCCGCUGGACGUACCGCGGCGAGUGGCUGGGCGGGCUGAAGGGGCGCAGCGGCGUGUGGGAGAGCGUGUCGGGCCUGCGCUACGCCGGGCUCUGGAAGGACGGCUUCCAGGACGGCUACGGCACCGAGACCUACUCCGACGGAGGCACCUACCAGGGCCAGUGGCAGGCCGGGAAGCGCCACGGCUACGGGGUGCGCCAGAGUGUGCCCUACCAUCAGGCGGCGCUGCUGCGCUCGCCCCGCCGCACCUCCCUGGACUCCGGCCACAGCGACCCCCCGACACCGCCCCCACCCCUGCCCCUGCCGGGCGACGAGGGAGGCAGCCCGGCCUCAGGCUCCCGGGGCGGCUUCGUGCUGGCCGGGCCGGGGGACGCUGAAGGCGCGUCCACCCGCAAGCGCACUCCCGCGGCCGGCGGGUUCUUCCGCCGCUCGCUGCUGCUCAGCGGGCUCCGGGCUGGCGGGCGCCGCAGCUCCUUGGGCAGCAAGCGGGGCUCCCUGCGCAGCGAGGUGAGCAGUGAGGUGGGCAGCACAGGACCCCCGGGCUCCGAAGCCAGCGGGCCCCCGGCCCCAGCUCCGCCCGCCCUCAUCGAGGGCUCUGCCACUGAGGUGUAUGCGGGCGAAUGGCGCGCCGACCGGCGCAGCGGCUAUGGUGUGAGCCAGCGCUCCAACGGGCUGCGCUACGAGGGCGAGUGGCUGGGCAACCGGCGGCACGGCUACGGACGAACCACCCGCCCGGACGGCUCCCGCGAGGAGGGCAAGUACAAGCGCAACCGGCUGGUGCACGGGGGGCGCGUGCGCAGCCUCCUGCCUCUGGCCCUUCGGCGGGGCAAAGUCAAGGAGAAGGUGGACAGGGCUGUCGAAGGCGCCCGUCGAGCCGUGAGCGCUGCCCGCCAGCGUCAGGAGAUCGCUGCUGCCAGGGCGGCAGAUGCCCUUCUAAAGGCAGUGGCAGCCAGCAGCGUCGCUGAGAAGGCUGUGGAGGCAGCUCGAAUGGCCAAACUGAUAGCCCAGGACCUGCAACCCAUGUUAGAGGCCCCAGGCCGCAGACCCCGGCAAGACUCAGAAGGUUCCGACACAGAACCCUUGGAUGAGGACAGCCCUGGGGUAUACGAGAAUGGACUGACCCCCUCAGAGGGCUCCCCUGAACUGCCCAGCAGUCCUGCCUCCUCCCGCCAACCCUGGCGACCCCCUGCCCGCCGGAGCCCACUGCCUCCUGGAGGGGACCGGGGUCCCUUCUCCAGCCCCAAAGCUUGGCCUGAGGAGUGGGGGGGGCCAGGUGAGCAGGCAGAGGAACUAGCUGGCUAUGAGGCUGAGGAUGAGGCUGGGAUGCAAGGGCCAGGGCCCAGAGACGGUUCCCCACUCCUCGGAGGCUGCAGUGACAGCUCUGGAAGUCUUCGAGAGGAGGAAGGGGAAGACGAAGAGCCCUUGCCCCAGCUGAGAACCCCAGGGCGCUUGGAGCCUGAGCCCAUGGCCACGCCAGUCCUGAGGGGCCCAUUCUCAAGGGGUCCUGAAGCCGGGUGCCUGAUGGAAGAGUUUGAGGAGCCUGCUGCAACAGAGAGGCCCGUCCAGCCGGGAGCUGCCAACCCCCUGGUGGUGGGAGCCGUGGCCCUCCUGGACCUCAGCCUGGCGUUCCUGUUCUCCCAGCUCCUCACCUGAGGCUCCUGCCCAGCCUAGUUCUGGCUUCGGUUGCUGCCUCUUCACUUCUUUGACCUGCCUUUUUCUCUUUUCCUCCUCCUGGUUGUUUUUUUCUCCUCUCUUUCUUUCUCUUCUCCCUUCCCAUUCUUUUCUGUUCCCCCUUUGUUUUUGUCUUUUGCUUUUUCUUUCCAGCUGUCCUUUCAGAUUCUCUCAUUUAUUCUGGAUCUGUCUGUCUUCCUCACUCUCCUCCCCACCCUGCCCCACCUCUCUCUCUAGAUUGUUUACAUAUGAAGGGCUUUUCUCGCUCAGAGUUGCUCUCUUCUCUGAGACACACAAAUCUAAGUCAGACCAUUGCCCCAUGUCCUCCCCGCCUUUUCUUUAGACCUGAACUUCGGUGAGGGUGGGGGUUUGGUAUCCUGAGGGGUCUCCUGGAAGCUGAGUGGAAAGGAAGAAGAAAAUGGAGAAGGGAUGACUGUAUACUGGGCAAGGCACUGGCUGAGCUGCUGUGGCUCCCUGACCCAAGGGGCCUGGUGUCCCUCUGAGGCCUAGUGGAAGAGCUAGAGGAGGUAUGGCCUCCAUCUCUGACCUUGGAGGAUCCGAUCUCACCUCCAAGCACUGAACUAGGUUCUUGCCUAACUCCAUCCUUCCCUGAAGGAGAUAGGGGAGAUGAAAAGUAGAAUGACUCCCUAGGAUCUCCCUCUUCCUUUCCUCAACAGCCAGCCUCUCGUCCAACCCCCCUAGGGUGGCAUGCCUUGUCAAGAGCAAUGUGUAAAGGAAAGAAAAUGUCUAACGCAGUCAUGUCUACCCACUGACCUCUCCCACCCUCUUCUCCCCACCUAAAAUUUAUUUGGUUGGUCUGGACUCACUUGUGGCCUUUGAUUAGACUUCUAAGGGGCCUGAAGAAGACAUUUCUAUUGCCGAGGGUUAGAGGCACUUGAGCUAGGACCCCACUCCCCAACUCUGGCAGUUGUGGUGUGCGGGUUGCAGGGAGGCAUUUUGGGGAACACAACCACUCUAGAUAAGAGGAACUCACAGAGCAGCAGAAGCUGUGACAAGUUUAGUAGUCUAAAUGGGUUAUAUCCCUUCCCCCCAUCACAUCAGGAUCUUGUGAAAUGGGAAAACAACAGAAAGAGGGAUCAAAGGAAGCCAAUCUCUCACACACUUUCCAGGCAGGGCAGAGGUGGCAGUCAAACCAGGGUGAGAGGUGGGUGGAGAGCCCUGUUUGAGAUUGUGGCUGAUCCCUGUUAAUAGCUUUCCCCUGGGGGCAGGAAGCCCUAGGAAGAGGGGGACCCCUCUGUAGGGUCCCCAGGGGAUCUUUCCUCCCUCCCCUGCAUGAGGCAGACGCAAGCUGCCUGCCAACCCCCUCCCUCAAGGAAUGGCCUUGCCUGGGAAUGCCCACCAUACAUACCCUCUUCUUUUUUUCUAGUCAAACUCUGUUUACUCCUUGGCCUGCCUCCCUCCCUCCCCUCUAAACCUUUACUUCUGAUUUCUAUUUCAUGGAAUUUGGGAUUGAAGUUAAACUACAACAGUGCCGCCAACACCAAGUCUUGCAGGAAAAAAAUACAAAGAAAUUUAACAAAAAAUAUAUUAAUAAAAAAGUUCAAAAAAGGG